GGAGAUACAUGUCCUUUCAGAUAAGUCUCCUCUUUUCAUCCUUAGGGGGAAUAAUUACUGUGAUCCCCCCUUUCCCUCCAUCCGACUCUCCGGACAAUUAGUAGUCCGUCAUUCUAGUCUAGAGCUCAGUAUGGAGCAGACCUGGAGUAACUCCGCUCAACCCGUCCUACAGGGAGGAGGAGGUGGGGGUGACACGUCCAUCCUUCCUUACCAUCCACCCUCUAACCGUCUCCUGCAAGGGAACCUUCUCCUUGGGCAGGGGGCGGGGUACCUUCUCCCCCAGCAGCAGGGGGUGGGACACCUUCUAUAUCAACAGCAAGGAUUGAGCCACCUACUUUCUCAUCAACAAGGAGCAAUCUUGAACCAGAACCUGGAUCCAGGAUUAGAAUCACAUUCCCUCUCACUUCUCCAACCCUACCUCACUGGUGUAGAGAACUACCCGGAGAACAAACUGAACCUUGUCUACCAGGUUCAACAAUACUCCCAGUCUCUACCCCCUCCUGGAUACACGUAUACAACCAACCCUGUUUACAGUUCCCCCCCAACCUCGGAUGGUGUUUACAAUCUACCCCAGCAGCCUCUGUAUCGGCAGUAUCAGCCUCUAAACCUCGUCCAGCUGCUGAACCAAGGAUCUAUACUUCAAGAGCAAUAUUUAAGUGGUAUUAUCCCUCUGAAUAAACGUAAAUAUGAACAAGAAGACGCAACUAACGAUACAAAAAAGGUUAAGUUUGAGACCCGGAUACUGAAAGCAAAACGUCCUGGAUUCACGGACGAAAGGUUCAAUGAAACAACUUACUACUUCCAGAAUGGUUUAAGGAAAGUAUAUCCGUACUAUUUCACAUUCACAACAUUUACAAAGGGAAGAUGGGUGGGAGAAUGCUUACUAGAAGUAUUUACAAGAGAAUUCAAAGCACACCCUAAACAUCAAUAUGAACGAAGUAUAAAUGGUGGAAUACUAACUGUAAACUAUGAGAAAGUGGAUAUCAACUAUAAACUGAAACAUAAUGAUCUUCUAGCAAAUAUUGUUCACAGACAUGAGAUUCCAGUUUCAGCGGAGAAAAUAAAAAUACUUUAUUCUGAUUCUGAUAUAGUCGUCGUAGACAAACCUCCAUCAAUACCGGUUCAUCCCUGUGGAAGGUACAGACACAACACCAUGGUUUUCAUCUUAGCCAAGGAACAUGGUCUAAGGAACCUUAGAACCAUUCAUAGACUAGAUAGAUUAACCUCAGGACUACUCAUGUUUGGUCGAAGUCCUGCCAAGGCCAAAGAUAUAGAAACUCAGAUUAGGAAUAGGUUGGUUCGAAAAGAGUAUAUCUGCAGAGUUCAAGGAAAAUUCCCAAAAGGUUUGGUGCAAUGUAGAGAGCCAAUGGAAGUGAUCAGCUACAAAAUAGGAGUCUGUAAGGUUUCUCCAGGUGGCAAGGAUAGUUGGACAGAGUUUGAACGGCUCAGCUAUAACGGGGAAACUAGCGUGGUUAUUGCCAGACCACAUACAGGACGGAUGCAUCAGAUCCGAGUGCAUUUUCAGUAUCUAGGUCAUCCUAUAGUUAACGAUCCUCUAUACAACCACCCUGUGUUCGGAAAUGAGAGGGGGAAAUCCGGGAACUUCGGUAAGACGGAGGAAACCCUCAUCUCGGAGCUUGUCAAGAUACACAACACGGAGAACUGGUUAGGAGAGGACGGAGAUUAUGAGACAGAAAUGGCAGAGGAUGGGUUGACCUUAAUGAAGCUGAACGGGUCGGAGAACUCUGGGAACAGGUUCUCUGAGAGUUAUCACAGGUCUCUUCGAUCCGAUCAGUCCAGGAUUAUUGUCUCUCCAGGUCCAGAUAAGGAAAAGUUGAAAAUGGACACGGCGUGCUAUGAAUGCUCAUUGAGUUACCGGGAACCAGGACCAGCUGAUCUAGUCAUGUUCCUCCACGCUCUCAGAUAUACGGGUCCGAAUUGGAGUCAUGAAACCUCUUUACCCUCAUGGGCUGAACCGGAUUGGAAAUUAUAACCUAUAAUACCUUAAUUGUGUACAACCUGAGUUUUGUAAUGUACGAUCUUCGUCUUACACUGUCUCGUACAUAUCUUGUACAUGUAAAAAACUAUGUACAUUUUACAACAUGAUUUAAAGAAGAGCACAAAUUCGUCUUCCUGUGCAAUAUCAGGGUAAAUAUUAUGUACAUAAGAGCCAUCCGUUGGCGUACAUCAAAACACUUUAUAAACAUUAUUUUGCAAGACCCAUAGUUCUUUAAAAGUUGUUAAAGUUAUUGUAGGUAC